CCCCCUAGCCUGGCGCUGGGCCUCCGGGACGGGACAAGUUGGCUGGGUCCGGGCUUGGGGAGUGCAACGCGGGUAAGGGACUCAGCCUGGGCGUGCCAGCUGUGGGGAUGAGGCGAAGCAUCCAUCCUCUUGGCAGUUAAGUGGCUGGUCCUGAUCUGAGGGAUCUGCAAAUUUGGCUCAUGGAAAGAGGUGGCUGAAUCCUGCGUCUCCCAUUAAACGGAUACUGGCGUUGUUGAUACGGGUUUCGCAUGGACCCUGUCCUGUGCCAGGGUUUUUAAUCUAGCUAUUAAAGGAACUGGAGAAUAACAAGCAAGUAAGGGUUGCAAGGUCGCUGACAGGCGUGGGAAACUUGUGAAGGAUUAGAAUGCUAAGUGGCUUUCAGCUUUUUUCACACUAAGUCUUCUGUGCUUCACCAUCUACAUAAUGAAUCCCAGUAUGAAGCAGAAACAAGAAGAAAUCAAAGAGAAUAUAAAGAAUAGUUCUGUCCCAAGAAGAACUCUGAAGAUGAUUCAGCCUUCUGCAUCUGGAUCUCUUGUUGGAAGAGAAAAUGAGCUGUCCGCAGGCUUGUCCAAAAGGAAACAUCGGAAUGACCAGUUAACAUCUACAACUUCCAGCCCUGGGGUUAUUGUCCCAGAAUCUAGUGAAAAUAAAAAUCUUGGAGGAGUCACCCAGGAGUCAUUUGAUCUUAUGAUUAAAGAAAAUCCAUCCUCUCAGUAUUGGAAAGAAGUGGCAGAAAAACGGAGAAAGGCGCUGUAUGAAGCACUUAAGGAAAAUGAGAAACUUCAUAAAGAAAUUGAACAAAAGGACAAUGAAAUUGCCCGCCUGAAAAAGGAGAAUAAAGAAUUGGCAGAAGUAGCAGAACAUGUACAGUAUAUGGCAGAGCUAAUAGAGAGACUGAAUGGUGAACCUCUGGAUAAUUUUGAAUCACUGGAUAAUCAGGAAUUUGAUUCUGAAGAAGAAACUGUUGAGGAUUCUCUAGUGGAAGAAUCAGAAAUUGGCACAUGUGCUGAAGGAAUUGUAUCUUCCUCUACGGAUGCAAAGCCAUGUAUAUGAAAUGCAUUAAUAUUUGACUGUUGAGAAUUUUACUGCCGAAGUUUACCUCCACUAGUUCUUUGUAGCAGAGUACGUAACUACAUAAUGCCAACUCUGGAAUCAAAUUUCCUUGUUUGAAUCCUGGGACCCUAUUGCAUUAAAGUACAAAUACUAUGUAUUUUUAAUCUAUGAUGGUUUAUGUGAAUAGGAUUUUCUCAGUUGUCAGCCAUGACUUAUGUUUAUUACUAAAUAAACUUCAAACUCCUGUUGAA